GUACAGAAAAUAGGCGCAGCGAACUACGACUUCCCCUCCAAAUCGAGAGCAAGAAAGAAAGAAUCGGAGAUGUCGGGACGAGGCAAGGGAGGCAAGGGACUGGGAAAGGGCGGGGCCAAGCGGCAUCGCAAGGUCCUUCGGGAUAACAUCCAGGGUAUCACGAAGCCUGCCAUCCGCCGCCUGGCCCGCCGAGGCGGCGUCAAGCGCAUCAGCGGGCUCAUCUACGAGGAGACUCGCGGCGUCCUCAAGAUCUUCCUCGAGAACGUCAUCCGCGAUGCCGUCACCUAUACCGAGCACGCCCGCCGGAAGACGGUCACCGCCAUGGACGUUGUCUACGCCCUUAAGCGCCAGGGCCGCACCCUCUACGGCUUUGGCGGCUAAAGGAAGGAAGAGAAAAAAUUCGCAUCAGCGAUUCGCUAAAUUUCUAGAAUUAGGGUUAGGAUUUUCUCAGCUGCUGUUGUUUCGUCUUUGUUGAUGUAAGAUAUAUUUUAAAGAUUAGCAAAUAUUUUCCUCGUUGCUCCUCAUGAAUGUUGUUUGUGAUUUCAUCGGAAUGUAAGUUUUAGGGUAUUUGAUGAAGUCCUACGAUUUGAACUUUGUUAAUGGAAGUGGUUACUUUCUGUUCAGCUUUUUA